GCUCCAAGAGUGCCCUCUGACCGGAAUGAGGAGCGUGGUCGCCGUUUAUGUCUUCUUCAAUGAGCUGAGUAUCACCGUCACUGACAGACAGGAGACCUGGGUCAGUGGUAAAAAGGUUAAUGACCCCAGCCUGCCAGGAAAUAAUAUCUUUGUGAGACGUGAUGAGAAAACGGUGAUUAUCGAGCAGAUGUCCCACUUCCAGCUGUCUUACAGCAAUUCCCAGGAGCUCAUUGUUACUGUGAGUGCCAGCAUAGUGGACAACUUGUGUGGAGCAUGUGACAGAUUCAUAGCCUUCACAGACACCAUGGGCUACUCACAGUUUAUGAUACAGGAGUAUAUGGCCUCGUUUUCUGCACAGGACUUCCCUACCUGUGAGUUAUGAAGAAAAUAUCCUCUUCUCUAAACCCAGAGAUCAGUGCAACAGAAUCAUCAUCUGCAGAAAAUUCAACAAUAAAUUAGCAGUGAAAGCUUUAUUUCCAAUAUGG